CGGAAUGAUCACGUACCCAUGCCAUGUUUGAAUUUUUGUGGCCGCUGGCUCGCUAGGGUUUUAGGGACGAUGGCGGCCGCGCUUUGGCGCUCUCCAGCCGCGCGGAUCGUCUCCCAGCUGCGAUGCGAAUCUCGCCUGUUGGGUGUUAGAUUGACAGGCGAUCGAAUUGAUUUCAAUCCGAUCGCGAGAUUUCUAGUGCUCUCACUGCUCAUGAAGGCAUCACAAGCAUUUUCUUUUGUUGUCACUCGAACAAACGGCGAGUGGAAUCUUUUUGGCACUCGUCCUGUUCUAUCUAAAGUGUUCGCUGUGAAUGGAGACGGAACUCAAAGGUGUUGUCUCUUUUCUAUUUCUCUACGCCGUUACUUCGUAUGCCAUGAGUUCCUUGCGGAUGUUGGACAAUGCAUUGGCUCCUUUUUGUUUCACUUUUUCUUAGGCUUUGACGACCGCCAGUGAGGUUUUGCAGGAUCAGCAAGGAGCUGGUCACCGAAGAUGGAGACUAUUCUCUUUUGCGGCUCUUUUUCCUUUCAUCUCAACCUGCGUGAGGACGAGAAGCAUCUAAUCCUACAGUAAGUGUGAGCAUUUCUUCUGCUAGCUUUAAGUUUCGUAUUACAGCGACCCAAGAUGAACAGUGACGAAGAAACUUAUGGACGUAAAUCCGAGCCAUCAAAAUCCGUUCCAGAUCUCGUACACUAUCCACGGAGAUUUCGCAGAUAUACUACAUUCAAAAUUUUCUGGCAAUCGGGCUCUAGGGCUUUCCAAGCGCGAGUUUUUGAUUCUGGGACCGGUUCUAGAGUCGCCCACGACAAUGCCGCUGCCAGGAUUUUUGGUGUUGUGAUUGAUUUUCCGGCCCAAGUUAUUGCAAUGGCUGGAAGUUGCUUCAAAAAAUUCGGAAACAAGAGGAGCAAGCAAGCUCGGAAAAGUCUGAAAUUCAUAUCCAGGUACCUUUCGAUUAACCCGGCUGAAGAAGCAUUCCCGAUUGUAGCAGAAUACUCCGGGGUUGCAUUGUCUUUCAUCACUCUCGGGACGUUGAUAAGACGAUAUCACGGCAGAAGGAAAUUGACCGUUUUCAACCGGAAGCGCCAGAAAGCAACAGUAAAGUUCCUGGUAAACAGAGCAAUGGAAAGACUACGAGAUAUAGCCGCUAGAGCAAGCAUGCUGGAGAAAAGGAUCUCCACAACUGCUGACCCAGCUGAGCUUCAACGCCAGCUCGAUGAAGCCAGGGUCAGGAGAACUGAGGAUGCAAAAGCCAACGAAAAAGUCAUGGCGAUGUUUUCAACACAAGAGCAGCGCUGGAAGAACGAGCAGAAAAGAUUGAAGGAAGUGAUCGAGACGCUGAGGAAAGAGCUGACCGAGUGCAUUAGACGUCUUCAAGUUGGGACUGACACCAGCUGCUUGCAAUGCAAGGAAAAGAAUCUUAUGAUCAGCGAUCUCAAGGGCCAGCUAAAGGAAAAAGAUUUCUUGAUGGCUGCCGCUAAAGAAGAUGGAGAUAUGGAACGCAGUGAAAAGUGCGAGCUCGUUCAGAAGCUGGCUACUGCUGAGAAAAUGGUCGACAGAUGCCAAGAAACUCUUGUUGCUGAGGCCAAAGCUCGUAAAGCCGCCGAAAGUAUGGUGGAAAACUUAAGAGCAAAAAUGGCUGCUGAGUUUGAAGUUCACGAAGCUGCUGCCGACGAUCUGAAACAAAAGAUAUCUGCUGAGGCUGAGACUCGUGGUGCAGAAUGUGACAAGCUCAAAGAAGAACUCAGAGUUCAGGAAGACGUUUUGGCAACAGUGUUAGCAAGGAUAAACACUCUAAAGACAGAGAAAAGCGAGCUGUUAGAGAAGCUGGACUCAGCAGCGAAGGACAACAAGAUUUCAGGGGUCUUCGCCAGGCUGCGGCGAUUUGACGUGCAGGCAGCACAACAAAGAGAGCUCCACUCGUACGCGGAACAAGUGGCAGAACUGGAAAAGCAAGUUAAUUACUAUCAGCAGCGAGUACAACAGCUUGAAGAGUGUGCUCUACUGCGCUUGGAUCAGUUUGACAUUCGGAAAGAUGGUGACGAGGAAUGUUUAGACAACACUCUUUCCAUCAGUCCAGCAGGAACAAUUGUUGAAGUCUUUAAUCUCAACGCUGCGAAGCAUUUACUGGCGCUGUACAUAGAUGCGGAACGCGCAAGGGACCUUGAACUUAGCCGGUGGAGAAAACUCUAUUCCGCAGCGAAGAUGGCUAUGAAUAUGGUGCAAACAACAAACUCGUAUCAAGAAGCGGCUCCCAACGAUUCAAACAUCAAGCAGUACAUCGAAGCCGCUAAAGCUCAGCAUACAGCAGAACUAACUGGCAGACACUGCCACGAGAUCGACUCGUUUGAGCGGCAUAUGAAGGCUAAGGAUGAGAGGAUGGAAGGUUUGCGAAUGCAUUUACUCUCACUGGAGCAACAAAUUAAGGCAAGGGACUCGCAGCUCAAACACAUGGCCAGUCUUUUAGAUGCUGAAGCCGCCAUGCGAAAGGAAACAGAGUCCCUGAUACAGGAAACAAGGCAGCAGUUGCAAACGUACUUGAACAAACCAACGAGUCGUUCUAACAGAAGAUCAAACAAGGAGCCAGAGUUGAACGUGGAAGGAAUUCUGGAGCCGGACGAAGCUGGGCUCCACGGAAAGGAUUUGCAGCUUGCAUUCGUUGAGGCAAAGAUAGUCCAGCCGCAAAUGCGGCACGAGGAGGUAUUCCAAGAGAAGGAUCAACCAUCCGUAAGAACGGAGAGGUCGACAGAGCAGAGUGAGAGUCAACAAUUAACAUCUCGUCCCAGGAUGCAGGAAGCUUCAGAAACAAACAGAUCAGAAGCUUCGACUUCUUCAAUGAUGGAAACUGAGAAGAACAAUCUCAAUCCAAAUCCGGAGACGGGUCUAGCCAGCAUUCUCGAGAAGCAACUUCACGAGUACCAUGUCCUCUUCCAAAAAAUCAACGAUCUUUCGGCACAGGCCGAAAAGCCCGUCAAGACUGGCUCGAUCUCGCCAUCUUCGUUACUUCCAAGAGCUCUUGAGCUCCAACACGAAGUCCAAGCCUCGGGAAACAAGCUCUCGGCGAUACAAUCCAUCUCCAGUUUCAUGGCUCCAUCCAAAGACGAGGAGCCAUCUCGAGUGUUGAAAGAACACUUAGCGCAAAUCCAGAAGCGCCUGGAGAUGAAAAUCGCGAACUUGCUGGGGAGGUUCAUAUCGUGACCGCUAAACCACUCGGUCAAUCCUCACCGUUUAUGUGGCAGUGCUGACUUGGCAGCACGCGAUUGGGCAGUACACAGCAUCCACGGUGGUAUUUCCUCCACGUGGUCCCA